GUGCUCUACCAACUCGAGAGCGGAUUCUUCCACCGCGCCUCUCGCCUCACAAAAACAAGACCCGGAACAAUUCGCCACCCACUACAUCGAGUACACCCGUCAACUUAUCAACGAAAUAAUGUCUGAUUCACAAACUCAAUCCAACGCGGCACUUGGGCCCAUUCCUAACUCAUCCAAAGAAACACAGGGUCUCCGAUAUGGGGAUUUAGUGGUCCACGGCUUUAUAAAUUUGAUUGGCAAGCACGAUCCACACGGUGAAAGUGACAAGAAUUCUCAGGACAGCUCUAUCAAAGAAUAUCCAUCUUCCGACGAGGACGAUACUGACGAGGACUCUGACGAAGAAGAUCUCUCUGACGACGAAGUUAGCACCGUGUUGUCAGGCGCCGCGUCUACUCAAGAAGAUUUCUCUGCCGACGAUGUGAGCGAUGAGUGUUCUGGCGCAUUCCCUACCGAAGAAGAUAUCGCUGCCACAAAAGCCAAGCCGGAAAGAGAUGUCGCUGCCGUCCACAAAAAGUUACAAAAAGAUCUGUUUGAUUCCCUACAAUCGAGUCUUCUGCCGCGACUAAGACAACAAAUCACCUCUAUGUCUCUAUCACUAGACCCAACCAACUUACUCAAAUCUCCAGACUUACAUCUCAAGCUCAUCUUAGACAUCCAAUCGGAAUUCGAGCUCACUUGGGCUCAAAUUGAAUUUGCGGUUCGUACCAUCGGCCCAACACUUUCCAAAUCAUUGCCAGAAGAUGACCCGGAUGACCCGCUUCACAAGGAAUUUAAGAAUUUCAGAACUGGCACCUUGAGACGUUGGCUUCACCUCAGGUUGACGAGACACGUCUUCAAAUUUUUUAAAGAGGCCUAUGCUUCUAUUCAACAACUUCAACUCUCGCAUGAAAUGCCCGGUAACUCGAGUCCCCGAGCCUUUUCGAGUACACGGAAAUCUCGAUACGCUUCUUCUGUCCUAGAAGACAUCGACGACAGUAUCGAAUGGCUUACGAAGUCCGAAAUCUGUCUAGUUCAACUUGAUUGGCCAAACAAAAUACAGAACAUCAGUCUCACACUGACAACCCUCCUGACCUUCAUCAUUGAUGAAACAACUCGCUCCCAAAGGAAAAAGAAACGAUCUAAGAGCAAGGCUCGCAGUGAAUCAGCUAUCCAGUUUGUUAAAUCACUAUUGCCGAUUGCCAAAUUGAGCAGACUGUUUUGCAAUAAACAAUUGGAAUGGAGUGCAAACCACCGAUCACUACCAUUAUCCACAGAGCUGAGCUCACAACAACUGAGAACUCUUGUAUACUUGCCGGUACGGGCUGAUGAUUCUCUCGAUCACUUGAGGGACCUCUUGAGAAAGGAGAACUGGGAGGACGAAUCGAUCGAUUGUUCCGCAUUAAGGGACGUUGUAAACGAUAUCCGACAAGCUUUUGAAUAUGCUUUGUUCCUCAUACCGCUUCAUUUCGUCCCCCUGAUCCCAAACACCAACGGCUAUCUAUCCCAGGAUUACUUCAGAAAUUGGUUCACCACUUGGUCUACUCAAUGGAACUUGGCCAUGGUAAAUGUUUCUCGUUCUAUCCAGUUGCUCGAGAGAUAAUAAAUACCUCAUAGGUUUUUUUUUUUUUUGCUUUUUUUUUCUUCUUUGUCUUCCAUCAGUCAUCAUUCUUUUAAUAGUUUGGUAGUUCCAGUAGAAAACAAAACGCUUGAAGCAUGACAAGAUUUCUUCCCUUAAAAAUCGAUUGAUUUCUCUGACAUACGCCACUGUUCUACUGUAGACAGUC